GUUUCCCAACCAUGAUGGCUAAUGUUUCUGUAAUAACAGUGUUUGUUCUUUCAGGGUUAAAUGAAACAGUGAACCACAGAUCUAUUAUCUUCUUUCUCAGCUUGCUGUGUUACUGCACAAUACUUGUGGUGAAUGUUUCUCUGAUUGUGAUCAUCAUCUUGGAUAACAGCCUCCAUGAACCAAUGUAUAUUCUGCUGUGUGCUUUUUUCAUGAAUGGACUUUAUGGAACAACAGGUUUCUACCCCAAAUUUCUCUGGGAUCUGCUCUCUCCAGUUCACAUUAUCUCUUAUUCUGGAUGUCUUGUUCAGGCUCUGGUCAUGUACUCUUUUGCCUGCAGUGAUCUGUCCAUUCUUGCUCUCAUGGCCUAUGACAGGUAUCUGGCUAUAUGUCGACCACUGGAGUACCACUCUGUCAUGUCCAAGCACAGAGUCACUAAGUUAGCGUUUUUCUCUUGGUUUACACCUUUCUGCAUUGUAGCAACAAACAUCUAUCUAACAUCCAGGGUAAAGUUAUGCAGCUCACAUAUUGACAGACUGUUUUGUGUGAACUGGAGCAUUGUUCAACUGGCAUGUUUUCCAGAAGAAACCACCAUUAAUGGCAUAGGUGGAAACAUUACUAUAAUCAUUUAUGGGUUUCAUGGUCUUUUCAUAGUUUGGUCCUACUUGUAUCUCAUCAAAACUUGCACCAGUUCUUUAGAAAACAGAGCUAAGUUCAUGCAGACAUGUGUACCACAUUUGACCUCCUUAUUCACUUUUCUUUUCACUGUGUUCUUUGAUGUUAUGACUUUGCGACUUGCUUCAAAAGAUUUCCCUGAAAUGCUUCAAAACUUCAUGUCGAUAGAAUUUCUCAUCAUACCUCCUAUUAUGAAUCCUCUCAUCUAUGGUUUUAAAUUGACUAAAAUUCGAAACAAAAUUUUUCCUUCAGUUAUUUUUAAAAUCAAAUAAUUUUCUGCCUUUACUUGAAGAGGAUGUUUUAGUUGAAAUAUUUAAUUUUUAAAAAAUUAAAAUUCAUCUUACCAUGUUUAAUAUGUUUGUUUUCCUGAAGUUUCAUCACAUCUCUUUUAUUUCAAAGUUAUUUCAAAAUGUUGAUAUGAAACACUUCAUCGUACAGUCAUUCAAACUGUUGGAACUUUGUCAGCACAUCUUAGAUAAUUCAUGUAAGUCAAAUACUUCACAGUAUUAAGUCAUGAUGUGCUCUCGAUGUGGGAACUCUGUUUAAAGAGUGAAAACUGGAAUUAACCUGAUGAGUGUCUUUCUCUUUUUGUAGCAUUUUUGCUAUUGACCUUUUGAAAUAGACAAACAAAAAAUGCAAGAUUAAGCUAUGUGGGCAUUAAUUAUUUUUAGAUGUGAACAUUGAUCUUUAGUGUAAAUAUAAUUCUAAAGUGUACUAUUUGAAAAUUGUGUGGUAUUACACAACAAAGGAACCAGUCUACUAAAACAUAUUUGUGAUGCUGGAAUAAGUUUUUGUUCUCUCCUAAUGCUUAUUUCUAUAGAAGGGUUCAUAACCUGCCUUUGCUGGUCAACUGCACAUGACUACAUCCAUCAUGGCUGUAAUAGCAAAAAAACAGAGAGAGAAAUUUUAAUUUUUAAGAGUCUUUGGUGAUAUUGUAAGAACAGUUUUAAGCAAACCUCUGGGUUCUCCUGUUAAUGAUCUUUAACAAAAAGGGAUGAUUCAUGCUGGGACUUGAAUUAAAUGCACAAAUGUGUGCACUAGAUUCAGGCUCAAUCUUUACAGUGACUUAGCAUGAUGUGUUUCUGUUUGUAACCAUGGAAACAUGUUUAUUCUGAGCCCGGUAGUAACUGGUGGUCAACUUUUAAGGCUUAAAUAAAACAGUCUAUAUUUGUAUGGAACAUGCAGUGUAACUUUUAUUGUCUAAGAGUAAAAUUAAGACUGAAAUGACACUAGUCCAGUCUAUAGUGUCUCUGUGAAUCUGGCCCUGGUAGCUAGGUUCCUGCAUUUCUAGUGACAGAAUGUGAAACUGGCAUGGAUAUACUUUCAAAUCCUAAUAACAAUAUGCCAAAGAAAUCAUGUUGUUCAGCAAACCAACAACUGUUCAACAACCACUUGAAUUCCUUAUGCACCCUUAGGUGGAACUGACUAAAAUUCUGUGUUUUGUUUUGUUGUUUUGAAAACCAUAUAAUUUUGUAUGCCUUGCCUUGAAGAGGAUGUUUUAGUUGAAAAACUGCAUUUUAGAAAAUUGAUAUCCACCUUAAAAGAUUUAGUAU